AUGAAGGCAGAACAGCUUGAGGCUGGCGAAGCUAAUUCCAAGCAGUCUACCAGCUCAUCAACACAAAGGGUACUACUGAUAAAUAGAGGGCUAUCUGUAAUGGACUUGGUUCUUCGAAUUAUUGGAGCUGUUGGAAGUUUAGGAAGUGCGGUGGCAAUGGGAACAACGGACCAAACACUACCAUCUUUCAUACAGUUUAUCCAAUUUAAUGCUCAAUACAACGAUAUUCCCAUGUUCACGUUCUUUGUGAUCGCGAAUUCGAUGGUCUGUGCUUAUCUUGGACUUUCUCUUCCCAUGUCUAUCUUCCACAUCAUCAGAAGUAGUGCAGCAAUAAAUAGUAGGAUCAUCUUGGUCAUCUUUGACACGGUAAUGAUGGCUCUUCUCACUGCUGGAGCCUCUGCAGCGGCAGCAAUUGUAUACUUGGCACACAACGGGAAUGCAAGUGCCAAUUGGUUUGCGUUUUGCCAACAAUUCAACUCCUUCUGUGAGCGCACUUCUGGAUCUUUGAUUGGCUCUUUUGGUGGAAUACUUGUAUUUAUGCUGCUAAUCAUUACCUCAGCUGUGGCAAUAUCUCGACGCUAG